AUGAAUGUUGAGCAAACCGCAAAUGUUUGUCGAUUAAAUGCCAAGUCGGAUCUAGUCAAGUCGAUACUUGCUUCAACAACAUUUUCCGAUUCCAAAGACGUAGUAGCAAAGCUGAUAGUAGAGCAAAAUAACGAAGUAAAAGAGCGUCAGACGACAUUAAGUGAAGCUCGUUUGGCAACAAUAGAAUCGGCAUACUGCGAAGCACUAGGUGAAAUACAUGAUGAAAUCGAAGAAUUUGACAAUCAUGGUAGUGAUAAUCAUCCAGCAACCAUACUCAAUCAUACAUGCGGUGGUUCUACAAAUACAUCAGCGUCAAAGCUUCCGAAGAUUAUUCUGCCAAAAUUCGAUGGCUCGUUUCAAAAAUGGUUAAGUUUUAAAGAUAUGUUUACAACAUGCGUUAUAAAUGAAGCUUGUUUGUCUGAUGUACAACGUCUGCAUUACUUAAAAGGCAGUUUACUAGGUGAAGCCGAAACUCUUCUUCGCAGUAUUAGUAUCCAGGAAAACAAUUUUGCUAUAGCCUGGGAUAUGCUCCAACAACGUUAUGACAAUAAGCGACGCCUUGUCAAGUCUUAUCUGCGCAAUAUUACGAAACUUCCGGCGAUAACCAAUGAGUCAGAUAGCGUCAUGCGAAAACUUUUGGAUACUACCACAGAAUCAGUCCGCGCAUUAAAGCAACUAGGACGGCCAACAGAACACUGGGAUGACUGGCUUGUUCUACUUGUAACCGAGAAGUUAGACCCAGCGACAGUAAACGAGUGGGAAAUGUCUUUGGAAUCUCCGAAUGUGUUACCAGAAUAUACAACUCUGGUGCAGUUUUUGGAAAAACGUAUUCAGGGCAUAGAAGCAGCUUCGUCGGCUUCCAAACCCAAAACUAAAGAACCGUCAUCUAAUAAUAAGUCAACAGCUCUGACUUCCAUUCGCAGUCAUCAGACCAAUUUAGGUCGUUGCCUAUGUUGCUCAGGUAAGCAUGCGUUAAUGUAUUGCGCUGAGUUUAAAAGGAAAGAACCAGCAACAAAGCUUGAAUUAACUUUAAAGUUCAAACUAUGUCAAAAUUGCCUAAAAGCAAAUCACUCUACAAACGAGUGUCAAUCCUCAUACACCUGCCUGAGGUGUUCGCAGAAGAACCACACACUUCUUCACGAUAGCUUAUCGCUUCAACGUAGUAGCGUCGCUGCACUUCAUACGUGUCCAGACCACAGCGUUAACCGACUUACGAGCUAUGCUGAAACCUGCCUUCCAGCUGUUUUGCUGGCUACGGCUUAUAUUAAAGCGCAGUCCUCGACUGGACAGUACAUAAAACUUCGAGCAUUACUCGACAAUGGUUCGCAAGCAUCCUUCAUAAGCGAGUAUGCCGCUCAACAAUUAAGACUUCGUAGGAACCGGUUGCAAAUUCCUAUCACCGGUCUUGGCGGUCACAGCGUUGGUGACUCAAAGGGUAUAGUCACAUACACUCUACGUUCAUUUACAGACCCAGAGUUUAGUGUCAAUUGUUCUGCGCUCAUCCUACCAAGGUUGGGAAAUCUCCUACCUUUGAAGAGAGUCAAUCCAAAGCCCUAUAUCGAACUUCUAGAUCUCACACUAGCAGAUCCUAAUUUCUACGAGCCUUGCUCAAUUGACGUCAUCAUUGGCGCAGACCUCUACGGUCUCUUAGUAAAAGGUGGGAUCAAGCACACUGCCUGCGGUUCGGCCAUAGCACAAAAUACGUAUCUUGGCUGGGUUAUCUACGGACGCAUACCCUGCUCUGCAUCUCCCCAACUAUGUACAACACAUUUCACGGCAACAACCACUGAUGACCUGAGCAGCUUAGUUCAGCAGAUGUGGAAAUUUCAUGAAUUUGAUGAGAUACUACCUCCAUCUAAAAUGACACAAGACGAAUUAUUCUGCGAAGAGUUUUUUAAAGACACUGUACAGCGAACUAGCUCAGGGCGGUAUCAAAUUCGGUAUCCGUUUAAAGCCGAUUGUGAUCUUACAAAAUUAUCCAACUCGAAAGCUGACGCAAUUAAAUUGUUUCGGUCUCAACAAGCUAGGCUUCGAAAUGACCCUGAAAUGGAUCAUUUGUACACCACGUUCAUGACAGAGUACCUGGCUUUAGGGCACAUGGAGAAGGUAAUUGAAAACGAGGAGCCGAGAACUGUUUGCUAUAUUCCGCAUCAUGGGGUGUACAAGGAAUCGAGCUCAACCACCAAAAUGCGCACAGUUUUCAAUGCAUCCCGUAAAACUAUAGAAAACAUCUCACUAAACGACUGUCUUCAUGUUGGCCCAAAACUGCAAAGCGAUUUAAGCCAAAUAAUUAUUCGAUGGCGGCUUCACCGCAUUGGUUUCAUGGCAGAUAUAGAAAAGUGUUAUCGGCAGAUUCUGGUCAGCCGUGAUGACGCUGACAUGCAGCGUAUUAUAUGGAGAGGUACAGAAGGAGAGCCAGCAGCCUAUCGAUUGCUAACAGUCACGUACGGUUUAAAUUGCUCACCAUAUCUUGCAAUUAAAGUGCUGCAAACAUUAGCUGAUGAUGAAGAGUCAACUUAUCCUGAGGCGUCUAAGGUCUUGCGAGAAUCAUUUUACGUAGACGACUGUUUGCAUGGAGCUGACUCCGUCGAUGCUGCUUUGGAAAUCCAGUACCAACUGCGACAGUUACUCCAAAGAGGUGGUUUCGUCCUACGAAAGUGGAGCUCAAACGCUGAAGACUUCAUGCAGGGGUUAAGUGCAGAUGACAAAGAGAAUACUAUUUGUUGCAACCUCAACCUGGACCGUACAACUAAAGCUCUUGGCAUUUAUUGGCUCUGUGAUUCAGACUCUUUGACAUAUAAGCAAGUGGAGGCAGCGCUAAACUCAAGGCCAUUAAGUGCCUUGACGGAAGACCCCAGUGACUUAACUGCCCUCACUCCCGGCCACUUUUUAGUGGGCGGUCCACUUAUCGCAAUACCGGAACCCAACCUACUCGAAGUCAGCACCAAUCGACUCAAGCGUUGGAAACUGUUGCAGCAAAUACAGCAGGAUGUUUGGAAACGUUGGAGCAAUGAGUAUCUGCCACAUUUACAAAUGAGCUACAAACGGAAACAGACCCACCAGAACUUGAAAAUUAGCGAUUUAGUUUUACUUCGCGAUGAACGCGCUCCCCCUUUGCAGUGGCCCCUCGGUCGAGUUGUGGACAUACACCCAGGAAAUGAUGGGAUUGUGAGGGUGGCCACUAUACGUACUGCAACGUCAACAUUGAAGCCAGCCAUUUCCAAGCUGGUAGCCUUGCCAAUCGAUCCUGACAUUGAUUCACACGGUGGGCGGUUCUCCCCUGAACAUGUCGUCGCACAAGAUGGACGAGGUGGGCGGAAUGUUAAAGAUAAAUGCAACUCAGAGGCUUCAACUGCACAGCAACCCCAAUAA